AUGAGUUUAGAUCGCAGUGAGAUUUUUCUAAACUAUGUUGAGAACUUCAACAAACGGAUAGGAGCACUUCAUAAAACCGAAGAGUAUUUUCGACAAUCUUCCAUAAUCGAAGCUGUAUCCAUUCCAACAAAUAAGCUUGGAAAAUUUCUUGACAGAAAAAUUGAAGAGUUCAACAACACCAUAACCCAAAUAGAUCGAGACUUCCUUGAUAGCUUAAACCCAGAUCUUGCACAUAGAGCCGAUUAUUCUGCCGCAAGAAAGGAAAUUGGAAGAGAAUUGGGGGUGCAACGAACAGAAUUAUUUGCUUUUGUAUACAGAGCUAUUGAUAAUAUGAUCGAGAAGCGUUCUAAAAUUGAAAAGAACUACCAUGAAGAUCUAGCAGCUAUAGAGCUGGAAUUUAUGGAUGGAAACAUUGAUCAAACCGAAUAUAUUAACACAAUUCUAGGUGACUUCUAG